AUCCUGUAUCCCCUACAAAUGUCCUCAAUAAAAACAGAACGCUUUUGCACGUCUUAUCAUUAUUGUCAAAUUAAUUGAAAGUGAAAUUAUUGGCAUAUCUCAAAUUAACUGUAAAAAUGACCUCGACUCUCGUACGGAAGGUAUCGCAAGGCACUCUAAAUUGGGGAAAAUUGGGUAAGUCAGGUUUGUCUGAGCUCCAAGCAAAGGGUGUUGGCGAGAAGAAUCCAUACAAAUCAGCUAAAAACGAGAAAAUUGUAAAUGUGGAAGAAGAGCCUCCUGUCCCUCCUGUAAUAAGAUAUAGAGUAUGUCAACAGCGAAAACCUAACUACGUAGAAAUUGGCAAAAAGUUUCCAACGACUGAAGAUUUGAAUCUACAAUCAUUGCAACCAUCUCAGCAUCCAAAGUACUACUGCGGUUGUGAAAAUAGUCAUUGGUAGCCGAUUUCUUGGCAAAUAUCGCACAGGCUCCAAAAUACCUAAUGUUAGAAUGUGAAUCGUGAAUAUAGGCAUGUGAAUAAAUAUGCCUAAAAAAUUUACAAGAACACUAUAAAGUACCUAUAUUAUAUGUAUUUUUUAUCACGAGCGGUUUAUUUUCAUCAAGUAAACGUAUGUUAUAUACAGCGAGUGGUUCAAGAAUAUUCUUCAAAACCAAUAAAAAGCACGUCGGAAAAUUAACAAUGUACUGUGCUCUAAGCCAUUUGCAGGUCUUAAUAAAAAAGAAUAGCGGAAUGGAGGAAGUUUCAAGUUACUGACACCAAACAAUAAAUUAACUAAAAAGUAAUUGUAAAAAACAAACGGAUUUCAAACAUGUUAUUCAAAACUAUAGUUUUUGAACAGUGAAACAUAAGAAUGCUCGCAAUGUGAAAGUAUUUUAUAUUUGUUAGAAAUAAGCCAUAUUCUAAAGAAAAGCAGUUUCGUAAAUUGCGUUUUAAUCAUAAAAUUACAGAAAUCACUCUGAUGUUUUUUAAAUUAGUUAUGUUGUAGAGCAUGCAAUUAAUGUGGGCAUUAUAACAUGCUUAUAGGUAUGGAUAAAUUUCCAUUCAGACAUUCAGAUGAAAAUGAAUUACAUGGUUUUUUGUGAUAAACCUAUACAGAAAGUAAAACAUGCUUUUGUCUGACUUUACUAAACAAAGUUUUACUGAAUGUGCAUAUCGCGAGUCAGCUCCAUCUGUAUUGUUCUUUGAAACGCCCCUGCUUUCAAGCUAGCUAAUAUCCAUACGUUAUUAAUUACACACCAUUCACAGCCUAAAAAUUAGCAUUUAUAAAAUACGUUAGUCAGGAGUCUCUUGUCUCUUAGAGCAUAAGCAAAACUAGUCAAUUUGAUUUUCAACCUCUUUUGUGCAUCAUUCUGUAAAUCGGAUCGAGUCAGCUCAUGUCAGGCGCGUUGCCAUUGGAGAAUGAUUGAAAAAACUGUCAAUCAUACUUCAAUGAAAAAAUUUGAAUAAUCACAAUCAUUUCAUUAUGUAACAUGGCACGUAUAAUAUCCACUAGAUUGAAUGUGAACAUACGAAAUCAAAUAAGAUCAUUCAGCAGCAGAUUUGAAGCUAGUGACGUACUCAAUCGUCUUGAAGAUCAGUCAUCAGAACCCCUACUCGCAGAGGAACAUUCAGGAAGUUCUAUCAGAUACAACGUGUGUAGAGAUACUAACGCGUCUAAGAGGAAGUUCGUAUUCGAGAAAACUCCUGUGAUCAGUCUAGAUCAAGACAACAGAAUUGAGUCAUCAUCGCAAGAGGCAGAAGAAGAGGAAAAUCCACGAAUUUCGGUUCCUACUUCUCAGGAGAAGGGUUACAGGGCAUUCGACGCUUCUACCACUCAGAAGAACGUCAUUCUUCCGUUAAAGAUGUCGAAGCUGUCCAAUCCAUUCCCAGACCCAGUUAAGGUGAUGCCAUCUCACACAGUAUCGGAUCAAGAAAAAGCUGAUCAAGCCCAGGCGGAAUGUAGGGUCCCCAGAAGUAUUUCUAGGAGAAUGACGUCAUAAAAUGUAAAAGCAUAAUGUAACUGAGAAAUUUAUGUGAUGUAUAUACGGUCAAUAUGUUUCAAUAAAGGUAAUUGAUGUGACUUGUUUGACGUGA